GGUUAUCAUUCCGAAUUUCUGAUUUCAAAUUCUCAACGAUUUUGCCGUUGUAAGAUUUGUCAAUUUUAUACUUUGUAUUUUUAGUAGCCAGUAGCCACUAGAUUUUAGUUUUUAAGGUAUUCGUUUUACGACUAUCCUUAUUUUUUACUAGUAAUAACUACCUAACUUUUUAUUAAGAUGCCUAGAAAGUGUGUAAUUUGCAAUGCUUAUGACAAGAAUAGUGAACAAUCAUUUUAUUCCUUUCCUAAAGAUGAAGGUCGCAAGGAGUUGUGGUUAAAAGCUUGUGGUAUUGACCUAUAUCUACCAUCAUAUAAAGUUUGUGAGGCUCAUAUUUCAAGUAAAGACUUUCUACCGAGCGGUCUUUUAAAAAAUAUUGCUAUACCAGGAAAUAAUUAUAUACAACCAGAACCACCAGUAUCCACCAACACAGUUUUUGAAUCAUCUCAUCAAGGGACUCUGUCACCUGACACAGUCAUAUCAACCAAUAGUAUUUGUGAAACACAAAAAAAGCGAGGUUCUGAUAAAUUGCCUGAUAUGAGCUUUCCUAAAGAUGAAGUUCGAAAAAAAUUGUGGUUAAAAGCUUGUAAAAUAAAAUUGUGCUUGCCAUCAAAUAAAAUAUGUGGAGAUCAUUUUUUGCCGAAACACUACUCACAUAGUGGAUACCUUUUAAAGAAUGCUGUUCCAUUCUUAGCUUCUACAAGUACGGAUAUUCAACCUUUGGAUUAUGAAGGUACUUCUAGCCCUUGUACAAGUCUGAUGAAAAGCUCAUGCAUCGAAUCUAUAGUGUCUACGAGUAAAGAUGUUGAACCUUUGGACUAUCCCAUGAUGAAUUGUACCAUUACUUACAGUCCUUGUCAAAGUCCAAAACGUAAGAUAUUCAAUGCCAACACAAUAGGAGUUCUAUCACCAAGUCAUUUUAGUUCUCCGAGAAAUGCAAAGAGACAUUUGGACAUGGUAAAGUGCAAAUUUAAAGAAAAACAAGUUCAAAAUAGUAAUUUGAAAAAACAAAUUAAAAGACUAAAACAAAAAAUUGAAAAAGAUCAAGAAUACAUACAAUCCUUAAAUAGACUACUAAAAGAAAGAGAACAUAAAGAGAUAUUAAAUCCUAACACAAUAGAAGUCUUAUCACCAAGUCAAUUAAGUUCUGCGGCACAGACAAAAAGAUUUUUGGACAUGAAGAAGAACAAAUUUAAAGAGAAGCAAAUUCAAAAUGAAAAUUUGAAAAACCAAAAUAGAAGAUCAAAAUGUUAUACAGUUCAAAUAGACCAUGAUUAUAUAUAAUCUUUAAAUACACAAUAAAGUUGAGAGAACGAAAAGUAACCCCUGAUCUGCAAAAUCCUAGUGGUAAUUUUCUGUCAUUGUAUCGCAAAAUUACUGUGUUUAAAAUAAGAUCAUUUCCCGAUGGAGACCAGUUUUUGUCGGUUGGCGAUCAGACGCAUUGUUAGACACUUCCUAUACCAAGUCAACGUGCGAAACCGGUACUUUGGAACAAAGCCAUUCCCAUGCUUACAACUAACUUGGCAGCUGAAUUAUGAACUUAUUAACAAACUGUAGUAACUUACACAAUACAAAAAACAAUUGCCAAAACUCAAAAUUGCCAAUUGGUAACUAAACCAAGAACAAAGGCAAAUAAUAAAGAAAAAACACAUAUUCAAAAGAAAAGUCCAACCGUGUACUGCCUCAGUUUGAGAACCCUUGUUUAUUGGAAAAAAGAUGUGCUUUUCAUAUUUGCAAGCUGCCAUAUUUUGUUCUCGUGGCCAUAACACCAUUUUUAGAUGAGGUAUAACAGGUUACAAUGUUACAUCGCUGGUUUUGUAAUGAAGAAAAUAAUUUAACUUACAUACAUGUCCUACAUUUUUGAUUGACUCUUUAAUUUAUCACAAUUUUAAAUUAACAAAAGAAAACGGUUGAAAUAAUACUUUAAUAAAAGCACAAAACUAAGUCAUGGUCAGAGCACGUAAGUUCAUGCAUUUGCACAUCAAUCUUGCUAAAUUGUAUUUAAUGCCAUAUUACAUAGAAAUCCAUUUCAAGGUACCACAGUGAAAUAGAUGAAGUCUUAUUUUGCAUGUUUUUGAAUAUUUAGAGGUUUUUUUGCCUAUUUAGGUAUUUAUGCAUAUUUCUAUUUUAUCAGACAUAUCAUACAUGAUUUUGAUACUUCUAUUCAUAUUAUUAUAUCGAUAUAUAUAUUUUUAUGGAAGUUCUAUGAAAGAAUCAACAUUUGACUAAAAAAAAAUGCAAUCAUUUAUAAUUUUUCAUAAUAAUAUUAAUGUAUUAAAUAUUUAUACAAAAUAUUUGGGAUUUCGGUCGCAAUAUUAUAAAAUUAAAAAUAGAAAUUGUCUUAUCUUCUUGAUUAUUUAACAAUAGUUUCUUGGAAUUUGAAGAGUGAUUCACUGGAGACUAAAAAAUAAAAUAUAAUUAUAAAAAAAUGAAUGAAUAAUUCAUGUUAUUUUAAAAAUUGUUAAUAAUUUUUUAAGUGUAUGUAAAUGCUUAUUUUUUUAAACUUUUUAAGACAUAUCUCAGGCAUAUUUUGCUAAUUUUGAGUGCAUGCUUAUUUAGGCAUUUUUUAAGGCACAAACUAUGAGCCCUGGUCAUAAUGUUGUGAACAUAUUAUGUCAAGAAGCAGAAAGAAUAUUUCUAUCUUGGAAUGUUUUUUGCCAACAAUUACAUAUCGAGAUCAAAUAAUACGCAUGACUAUUCUCAGUGACUUAAAUAUUAAUAUUCACCUUGCUGCUGAGUGCACAGGAAAAAAAUUGUCAAUUCUAUGAGGAGAACAUUUACAAAAAUUAUUUUAUUUCGACAUGAGUAACAAGAAAAUAUGUAUUUACUAGUAGUUAAUAAAAUUAAUUAUUUUUAUUAGUUGAAGUUUAUCUAGUUUAUUAAGUUACUCACCAUUACUGUUGUAACAUCAGAAAAACAUUAUUUUUAUUUUUUAACUUGUAUACGACACUAAUAAUUUUAAAUAUUUUUAUAUUGACAAUAAAUUGUAUGAUAUUACUUUUUAUAUACAAGUGCACUUUAAUUUUUAAUUACAAUAUGUAUUUGAAAAAUAAAACUUAUGAAUUACGCUUUCAUAUGACAAAA